GAGAUAGUCUUCGUGUGGAAGGUUGACAGAGCCACCACCGGCAAUGACAUCGUCUCCCAAUACCGCCGCUGCUACCGCACUCCGAUCCCUUCUAAAUUUCGGGAACUCGCUCCUCUCGGAGCUCCUGCGCUUCCGCGCUAACCUUCCGCGAGACUUCCUCCGUUCAAUCACACUACCCGCACCACCCGCAUCACCCACGCCGUCGACUCCUGCACAGCUCAAAUCCGCACAGCUCCCCUCUCCUUCCCCCGAUCUCCCCUUCCCCCUAUGGGACUUCGAAUACCUCCGCGCGCCGGACGACCGCGAGCGCGAGCUGCGCGCGCGUCCGGACGAGUGGAGCGCGGAGCGGGCGUGGUGGACGGCGCACGGCGAGCAGCUGGUGGGGUUCGUGCUGGUGCUGGCGGCGGCGCUGAAGCUCCACCGCGCGCUGAGGCAGACGAUCGAAGGGCUUCGGCGCGGGCUGUUUCUGGGGAGCUCGCUGGAAGGCGUGGUGGGGGGGGAUGAGGGGGAAGAGAUGCAGUCGCUCCUGCUGCAGGUGCUACACACUCAUGCGCUUCUGCUCCUACUCCUCUACCACCUCUUCCCUAACCAAUCACGUGAGCGCCUACUCAUUGCUGCGUACCGACACUGGUGCCGAACCUCUGGACCAGGCUCGGGAGAGGCCCUAGGGGAGCUGCUGACUCGCGACUUCGACGACUUAUGCCAGCUGUGCAGAACCACAGGACCAGGGUCGGGGGACAUGGAGGCUCCUAAGGGGACUGCUGGAGGACAGGCAACGAGCAAGAAAGUGGGGACAGAAGUGGGUGAUGGCAGCAGGGCAAGCUCUGAUCUCGAUGCCUUUCUGUGCUCUCCGUUCCCCAGAGAGUGCUUUGACAUUGAAAAGCUGGGUCAUGUUUCAGGCCUGGGCUCUGGUUCGGGCUCAGGCUUGGGAUCAGGUUUGGGAUCCGACGGCUCUGGCCUGGCCAUUGGAGGAGCGGAGACAGCCGCGUUUCUAUCGCUUCCAUGCGUGAUAGCUCCCACGGACAUGCACAGCCUGGAGCAGCUGUUCGCCCGGUUUGCCCCCCCGCCUGACGUCACAUGGAUGGCCAUCCAGUCCCUGCUGAGGAAACAAGCCGCUGCGGUAGACUCCUCAUCUGCUUCGGCCUCAAGUACCAACUUUUCCUCUUCCACCCUCUCCUCCUCUUCCCCCUUCCCCUCCACCUCGUCUGUCCUGCUCAAAUCCACGUCCUCCACACAAGCUCCCUCACAGGCGGGAGCAGCAGGAGCAGCUGCACCCCGUGACACCCUUUCAGCUGUGGCAGCAGUAACGGCCUCCCUGCCCUCCACGUCGUCCCUCAUCCUGCUCCUCUUCUUCCACCCCUCCUCCCUCCGCUCCGACCUGCCCUUCAUGCACGAGCUCGUCCACCGCAGGCUGCUCGCCCUGCCCUACUCCUCCUCCUCAUCUGCGCCUGCUGCUGCGACUGCUGCUGCUGGGGCUCCUGCCACUGCUGCCGGCGGCUGGAGCCUGUGGAAGCAACGAGCACCGACUCAGCAGCAGCAGGGAGGAAGAGGAGGAGGCGCUGUAGCAGCAGCAGGCGGAAUAGCCAGGGAACCAGCUGCUGCAGCAGCAGCAGUGGGCGGGUUGAUGUGGGUGGUACCCAUAUUUCUCGGCUUCUCUCUCGACCUCUCCAUAGCGUGGCAGCACUUCCCUGCUGCCCGCUCCGCCCUCUCCCUCCACCUCUCCCCGCCCUCCGCCCUGCAGGUGGCUCAAGCCCUAGCGCAGGUGCUGCCAGGGGUGCAGCAGGCAGUCGGCAGGGCCAUGGAGAGGCUCAGGGAGCAGGGGGAGGUGGGAUGGGAGGAGGAGCAUUGGGGUGCCAAGCCCAUGGAUGGCGGAACCGGUAGGGGGGAGAGACCAGGCGCUGAUGUUAGAUCUGCAGGCUCUGGCCCUAUUGAUAGCAGCAGCAGCAGCACCGCCAGCACUAGCAGCUCUGCGGAUUCCAAGUCUGAUUCUUCACCACCAUCGUCGUCCUCUUCCUCCUCCUCCUCGUCGGCCUGCUUAGUGCCUGGCCUAGCAGUGCUGCGCAGUGCGCGGGAGAUUCUCUCGCUCAUCCGCCACACAGCUGCUCUGCUACGAUGGCUGCUGGUGCACCGCGCCUCACUCUCCCUGCACCUCGCCCUGCCCCUCAUCCACACCACCCACCGCCUCGCCCUCUCAGCACACCUGCAUGCUCGCACCCACUCCCACUCUGCUGCUGCUGCCGGCCUCUCAACGCCUCAUUUCUCGUCCAAAACGAACCAACUGGCCGCUGGAGCAGCAGGGCCGGAUUCCUGGCCGGAAGUAGCAGAUGGAAUGGCUGUGGGUCUAGCAGACUAUGGCUUCUCCAGCAGCAGUACCAGCAACACGGAUAGCAGCAGCACCAGCAGCAGCAGCAGCAGCUGGUUUGGUGGCUGGGCCAGACGAACCCCCGCACCGGCCACCACCUCCACCACCAUCGCCCCUCACCCUCCCCCCAUCCCUCCUCCCUCUGACCAUGACCCCCUCUUCACGCUCCUCCUCUCUUUCUCCGAGCUCCAGUCAGAGGCUGCCACGUGUCUUGCUGCCAUCAUUGGGUGUAGAAAUGACAGCUGGCACCGCCUGAGGCGGGCGGCGUGCUCAAGGCUGGACGGACUGGCUCGGCUGUUUGUGGUGGAACAGGGUGGCGACGGAGAAGGCAGAGGGACAGCAGGAGGGGAAGGCAGAGGGGAUAGUGGGAGUGGUAGCAGAACAGGGGAUGGGAGAGGAGUGGGGGAUGGCAGGGAGGGUAUGGCAAGCAUGGGAUGGAAGGAAGGCGCGGAUGGGAGCAUUGGGGAGUGGUUUCAGCGGCUGUCGUUGCAGGUGUUGCAGUGGCAGCACCCAGACGCGCCCUCAACACCCGUGAGACUACAGCAACUCUCCUUCGCCCUUGCAGACGCUGCCUCCCUGCACCACAUUCAGUCCCACCCCCUCGCGAGCCAAUCCCUGCGCGCCACCUGUCGCCUGCUCCAGGACAUGGCUCUGGUGCAAGCCAUUCGAGCUGACCACCUGGCGGCCCUCUCUGCUGCUGCCGAACCUGGAUUCCUGUGGGCGCUGCUGCCGAGCCUGCUGCCGUGGCUGCAGGCUCGGGUGAGGCUGCAGCCGGAGUGUCUGGGGCAGGUGGGGUGCUUGCUGGUGCUGCUGAGGGGAGGAAUUGCAGAAACGUCUGCAGAUGGCACAAGUGAACGUCCUCGUGCUGGGGCUGCCUCUGGUUCCUCUGCUGGUGCUAGUGGUGUUGGUGGUGGUGGUGGUGGUGAGAAUGGGGCACGAGUGAGAAGAGCAGCAGCAGCUGGAGGGGUUACAGGAGGAGGAGGAGAAGGAGCAAGGGGAUGGGGGAGAGAGGAGUAUCUGGAGAGGCACCUGCGGUGUGUGUCACGAGCAGUGGUGGCAGUGGUGCCUGCCAGCGUGCUCAGCAUCAUGCACGCAUGCGUCCUCAAGCUCGCACCUUCCUGCCACACACUGCCACCUGCCUGCCAUGCCCCCGCCAGCACUGGCAGUGCAAGCUCACAAGGGGUGGCGGGAGUGGUGGUGGGAAGCAGGCAAGUCGGACAGGAUCAGUGGGCAGUGGGACAGGAUUGCGAAGAUAAGGGUCAUGAGAGCAAGGCGCAGUUUGCUGCCAGGGUGCAUGGGCAGGCGUCGUUCCGGCAGGCGGUGGCUCGAGCACGGGCAGCAGUGGCUGGUUUUACAAAAGGCGUUUCCGCCUUUGAGGCCAAGGGACUAGUUUUCAUAGGGAAGGAGGGGCGAGGGAGGGGCGCACAGAGCACUAUUCCUCCUCCUCCUGCUACUCCUGUUGUCCCGGCUGCUGCUGCUGCUAGUGGUGACGCAGCAAUUGCUAUCACUGGUACUUCUGGCACUCAUGCUGAUUCCGUUGCCCCUGGUGGUUCCUUACCAUCACAGCCACGACCAGUAAGCAACAGCAAAAGCGUCAACAGACUCACUCCAGGCAGCAUCACCACAGAUGAGUGGGCGGGAGGGGCAUGCCAUGCAGUGGUGGUGGCACUGCGACUCAUGCUCAGACACCAGGCAGCCGCCAUACUGCGAGAGGGCUUCUCUGGGGGGCUUACAGCCCUGCAGGGCGCAGGGAAGGGGCAGCAGGGGGGGGAGGGGAAGGUGGAAGGGAGGAAGGGAAGUGGCUGGGGGGGUUUGUGGUCCUGGGGGGUUAAGGGAGGGGGUGUGGACGGGGAGGGGGUUGAGGGUGUGGGAGUGGGGGAGGAGGGGGGAGGUGGUGAGCAGAGGAGGAGGAGGGAGGGGUUUGAGAGGAGGGUGGUGGAGAUGGAGAGGCGGCUAGGUGCGUGGGAGUACUGCACGUGCCUAUUCGAAGAUGUACUUGUAAUGAAAGGCAGGGGAGGUGGAAGGUGGAGUGGGAGUAGGGGAGUGGCUCGGGGAGGGGGGCGGGAAGGAGGAGGUAGAGGUGGCGGUAAAGGAGGCGGUUCAGUGUCAGUGUCCUCCUCGCCUUGCUCUCCGUCUCUCCUGUGGCGCAGUACCGUGCAGCCACUGCUGCUGCACGCCCUUCAGCAGGAGAGCGGGCAGAGGGGGAAAAGAGGACCCGGCAGACAAACCUCCCAGCUUUCCACCUCUCUCAACACGGGUACCUUUCUGGACGCUGCAGUGUCAUCGUUGCUGCAUCUCUCCCACCCCUCCCACGCCAUGUUCCUCCCUCCCUUGGCCGCUUGGUUCCUCCCCUCCGGCCUCCCUUCCCUCUCCCUACCGCUCAUCCUCCGCCUCGCCUCCUGCCUCUCUGCCUCUGGCAACCCCCAUACUGCCGCUACUGGUGGCAGCAAAGAAGGUGCUGCAGAGGAGGGAGGGCCAGAUGGAGCACGGGUGGCAGAGGGGCUUGUGGCUCUGGAUUGGGCGCUGAGGAGAGAGGAGGAGGAGAGAGUGAGGGGGGUUGUAGGGAUGGUGGCAGUGAUGGAGCGAGAGAGGAGGGGGGUGCUGAUGACGCUGCUGGAAGAGUUGAGGGAAGGGGGAGAGCAAGAGGAAGAAGAGGAUGGGGAUGAAAUGGGAGGAGAGCAGAGGCAGCAUGUGCGGAAGCCUCGAGGGGGAAACGGGGGAGGAGGUGGAGGGGGAGCGGGGAUGGAGGCAGCAGCAGCAGCAGUGAGAAGAGCAGCGAGGCCAGCGGUAGGCAUGGCACGGCAUGUGUUGGGAGUAUAUGGGCGAGCAGAGCACAGCAUGAGCCUGCCAGUGGCGGGUGAAGUGGGAGGAGGACGGCAGGGCGGGGGCAGCAUGGCAGGCAGGGCCGGAGGAGGGGUGACUGAGGCUGGAAUCGCUACCUCCGCAGCAAAGCAAAAUCCUUUUGAAUGGCUAGUUGGUUCUGCUGUUACGUUGACGAGUGUCACACGGGCAUUGGCGGAGGUGGGCCAGGUGCGGCUAGUGCGGGGGCUGGUGCGCAUGGCUGCAUGUGCCGCCAUGGGGACUGAAACCCCCUCUGCUGCUCGGUCAGUGGAGUGCCUGCUAGCCACCCUGCACCUACAAAUACCUGCUCAUGCUCCCAGCGCUACCGGGAAUGUAACUGUUACCACUGCGGUUACCAGCCGUCCUUCACCUGAUGCCACUGCCAGCAGCAGCAGGAGCAGCAGCGACUGUGUUUCAACAGUUGAGCUGCUAGUUCUGGUUUCCCUCUCUCACCUCCGUCUUCUCCUACUCGACCCCUCCCUUGCUUGCCUCUCCCGCCGCACGCGCAGUGCUAGUGCCUUUGAUGCCAGCUGCCUGGCGGCUGGCAUCUGUUGUCUUUUGUCAACACUUCCGAACCCAAGAGAGCAGAUUGCCCUGUACGUGCGGUGCAUGGAGGAGUAUGGGGAUGCGGAGGUGGUUGUAGGUGGGUUGGGGGGAGAAGGCCCGGAGGAGACGGAAGUGCGUGGAGUGGUUGGGAGGAAGAAGGGAGAGCAUGGGGCAAGUGGGGGCCGUAGGGCGAUGAAUGGUUUGGUUGACGCAUGGCUGGCUGAGUUUAGAAAUAUAAGUGCCGCAAUUUAAUAUAUGCUUCAGAGAAAUCUAUUUGAGGAGGUCCUUGAAAGCUGGCCUUGAUGUUUUUAGAAAUUACAAAAGUGU